AUGUUUAUGCUUCAGGUUCCGUAUCACGUUGCAUUUAUCAUGGAUGGAAAUAGACGGUUUGCCAAAACAAAACAUCUCAGUCACGCUAUUCACGGUCAUGAGAAGGGAUUUCAGCAACUUGCAAAGGUUUUAGAGUGGUGUUACGAUUUGGGCGUGCGUGAAGUAACUGUGUAUGCAUUUAGCAUCGAAAAUUUCAAAAGAAGUCCAGACGAAGUAGGCGGUCUAAUGAAACUCGCUGAAGAGAAGUUUGCUAGACUUCUGGAGGAAAAGGAGAAGCUCGAAGAGAAACAGAUAUCAUUCCGGUUCUUCGGUAAUAUCGCGAUGCUAUCUCCAAGACUUCGAAAACUGAUAGCACAGAUUGAGCUGAAGACAAAGGACUACGACAAUGGGAUUGUGAAUGUAUGUAUGCCUUACACGGCGAGAGAUGAGAUCGCACGUGCUUUCGAAUUGGUUAGGAUUGGCAAAGAGAAGGAGAAUCAAAUAUCUGAAUGGCUGCUGUCUCGUUGCUUAGACAGUCGACAAGGGACAGAACCAAGCAUCCUUAUUCGCACUAGUGGGGAGAAAAGAUUAAGUGACUUCUUGCUUUGGCAGUGUUCUUGUAGUCAUAUUUACUUUGACGAUGUUUUGUGGCCUGAGUUCAAUUAUUCGCAUCUGUGCAAAGCUAUUAUAUCGUAUCAAUACCAUGGAAGUGCUCUAAAAAUGCACAUAGUCUUUAAAAACUCCAGAAAUUACCCCAAAUUGGGCAAAAUGAAUUUUAAGGAACUAGAAUGUCUUCAUAAUUUAAUAAUUUUAUAG